GAAAAGAAAGGCCAAAUUAAUAUAUUAUAUUGUUUAUGUUAACUUUUACUUUUAUAGAUAUAGAGACAUACAGAUUAUGGGUGUUUCGACUCAAGCUUUUGACGUCACCACAAGCAACAUCACCAUGAGUGACGUCAUUACAAGAAACACCAAAAUCAGUGACGUCAUUAUUGUACCGAAAACUUUUCAAGUCCAGUUCAUUGUUGCGCUGAUAGUGGAAGCUAUUAUUGCGUCGUGUACAAUAUGGCUUGGAGCUUCGUUAAUUCACUAUGGCAUCAGAACCAACCGAUUUAAACGUCGAAGUGGAACGGAUUUCAAUGGCGGUAUUGUUUAUAUAUUCGCUGUUCUAUCUACUGUAACAUUGUUGGCAAGAAUCUGCUCUUCUAUUGUCUUCAUUUCACUCCCUACGUACUUGCCUGGGUUUGAUGCUGAAUGUGAACGUGUGACCGAUGCGACUGUCGCACUUUACAUGUUCGCUUUGCUGCCAGUGUACUUCUUAUUAUGGAUGAGACAAAGAGCGCUUUACUCUCAUCCCACGAUGGCCAAGUCGUACAGCAACUUCAUCAUAUUUCUCAGUUGGUUUAGUAUAGUGUUUCUAUUGGCUGCUAGCGUGGCUACGCUGUUUAUUUUUGUCGUGCCUGUGACGUCAAAAUCAGGUUACAGCGGUUGUGAGCAUCGAGAUACAAGCACAAAUAUUCUUAAUUUAGUAGCUACGGUUAUAACGGUAACCGCUCAAAUCCUGCUGCUUGUACUGUUCAUUAUUCCUCUGCGUCGGCAUUUAGUAACUCCAAAAGCCACUUGUUCAGCUAGGGAAAGUUUCCGUAAGAAGACACCCCGACCACAGACAAUUACGGAACGUGGUAGUUCUAAAAUGAGCAAGCUGCCGGCUUCCCGACCGAGAAUGGGAUCGGCAGUUUCUACCAGAAACCGCCCGGGUUCGAAACACAAAUCCCGGCCAAGCAACCGAGUUGUCCGGAUCCUGAAACGGUCGAUUAUUUUCGCUUCAAUCUGUCUUCUUACUGACCUGACAGCCAUGCUUAUUACGACGCAGGCACUGCCCAGAGAAGGUUCAAGAAACUUCGGUUACGUAGCAUAUGACGUCAGCCUGCUUGCGAACCUCAUUUGCAUAAUCCUUUCAUUCGAGAAUUACGUGACGAUGAUGUUUUCGUGUUGCACAAGAAAAGUGACGUCACCAACUGAUGUGACGUCAACACACAACAAUUCGACGUCACCGCCCUCAAUGAAAGAGGAAAGCACGACACAGAACAAUGAGCUGACAUCCAAAUAAGCGGGGAGCGUUUAUUUAUUAGACAAUACUGCGAAUAUUUAUUAAACAAUUAUGGAACUUCUAAUUGAUUUAUAUUCUGAACAUACUUUUUAUAACUCUGUAUAUUUUGUUUUUGUCAUUAAAUGCGAUACAUUGAAGCCGGUAAUUUGGAACGAAAACCGCAUUUUAAAAAGAACUAAAACAAAUCUUGUACGUUUUGAAUUCUGAUAAAACUUUGUUAAUAGUUGCGACAGUGAACAGUAUUUUUACCAAGCGAAGUUUUUUUUAUUCCAAAUUUUCUUUUACUGCGUAUAAAUAAGGUUUAUUUAAAUUUUACCAUCUUUGCAUUUUCGUUACCCGCUUUCUAUUUAUCAACUGACAUAACAUUUUUAUUCUAUUAUAAAAUGACGUCAUAAUA